AUGGCCGACGAUCUCAAGGCUGAGGGCAACAAGGCUUUCGCGGCCAAAGACUUCAAAACGGCCAUCGAUAAAUUUUCCCAGGCAAUCGAACUCGAUCCCACAAACCAUGUUCUCUACUCCAAUCGUUCCGGCGCGUAUGCUUCGCUUAAGGAAUACCAAAAUGCUCUUGAAGAUGCAGAGAAGACUACCGAAAUCAAACCCGACUGGGCCAAAGGCUGGGGUCGUAAAGGUGCUGCUCAGCAUGGUCUAGGAGAUCUCGUUGGUGCAAAGGAUUCUUUUGAAGCGGCUUUGAAGCUUGAACCAUCAAACGCUCAAGCUAAAUCUGGCCUGGAAGCGGUCAAUAAAGCCAUCGAAGCCGAAGCACGAGGGGAUGGUGCCGGAUUGGGAGGGCUGGGGAACAUGUUCAAUGACCCUCAACUCAUCCAAAAAUUGGCCAACAAUCCCAAAACAGCCCGCUACCUAGCAGACCCACAGUUCAUGUCGAAACUGCAGCAGAUGGCCAAGAAUCCUCAAAAUAUGGGAGAGGCUCUGAGUGACCCCAGACUCCUGGAGGUGAUGGGUGUGCUGUUGGGCGUCGAUAUGCAAAUGGGAAUGCCACCGGAAGGAGCUCCGUCGGGAGCAGGCAGGGCAACGGAAGCAGAAGAAGAUGUUCCAAUGCCCGAUGCUCGUCCGCAAUCCAACCCUCCACCUCCCGAAAAGAAAGAGCCCGAACCCGAACCCGAACCCGAACCUGAACCGGAAGAUGAAGAGGCCAUUGCUGCAAAGAAGGCCAAAGAAGAAGCCGAUGAUGAGAAGAAACUGGGCACCGAGUUCUACAAGAAGCGACAAUUCGACGAGGCGAUCGCACACUACGGCAAAGCUUGGGAACUCCACAAAGACAUUACAUACUUGACGAAUCUCGGAGCCGCCAAAUUUGAACAGGGCGACUAUCGAGGUUGCAUAGAGGCGUGCGAGAAAGCGGUAGAAGAAGGCCGCCAGAUGCUCGCCGACUUCAAGAUCAUCGCCAAGGCAUUCGGACGAAUUGGUUCGGCGUAUGAGAAACUGGGCGACCUUCCCAAAGCCAUCAACAACUACCAGAAAUCUCUGACUGAACACCGCACCCCCGACAUCCUGGCGAAAUUCAAAGCGGCGGAGAAAGCCCAGAUCAAAGCUGAGAAAGACGCUUACAUCGACCCCGAAAAGGCAGAGGAGGCUCGUCUUCUCGGAGCCGAGAAAUUCAAGAACGCAGAUUGGCCUGGUGCCGUUGAGGCGUAUACUGAGCUCACGAAACGUGCGCCAGACGACCCCCGAGGCUACAGCAAUCGUGCCGCGGCACUGAUUAAACUCCUCGCAUUCCCUACCGCCAUCCAAGACUGUGACGAAGCGAUCAAGCGAGAUCCCAAGUUCAUCAAAGCAUACCUCCGCAAAGCCCAAGCGCUGUUUGGCAUGAAAGAGUACAACAAGUGCCUGGAUGUUUGUACUGAGGCGAUGGAGCAUGACGAAGGAGGCAAAAAUACCCGUGAAAUUGAACAACAACAGCAGAAGGCUCUUGAAGCGAUGUAUGCGGCUCGGGCAGGCGAGACAGAAGAGGAGACAAGCGCCAGAAUCCAGAAGGAUCCAGAAAUAAUGCAAAUCCUUUCCGACCCCGUCCUACAGUCGAUCCUACAACAAGCAAAGAGCGACCCCGCCGCACUGAACGAACACAUGAAGAACCCUGGAAUCCGAAGCAAGAUCCAAAAACUCAUCGCCGCUGGCGUCAUUCGCGUAGGACGAUAA